UGAUUGCGACUAUGGGAGUCUUUAGAAGAAGAUAUGAUAAGGUGCUCAAGCUUCAGUGGACACCAACCAACCACUAACAAAACCAAACUUCCCAUCAUCGAAGAACUUGAUUACCCAUCCCUUCCUUCCAUCAUCCCUUCCCCUUAAACCACAUAGCCCUCUUCUAAUCCCUUCUCACAAACUCAAAAAACCCUUACACUCAUUUCCCUUAAUGGAUUCGAGUACAACAACCUCCACAGACAGUGAAGUAGCCUAUGACAUCCCACCCAUCCUCAAAGUCUACAAAAACGGUCGCAUAGAGAGGCUAGAAGGCGUCGAGGUUGCUCCUCCGGGUCUCGAUCCUGAAACCAACGUGGAAUCGAAAGACAUCGUAAUCUCCGAAAAAGACGGCUUAUCCGCCAGGCUUUACAUUCCCAAAACCACUUACGCGCCGCAGCAAAAGCUUCCUCUUUUAGUUUACUUCCAUGGCGGCGCCUUCAUAAUCGAAACACCGUUUUCUCCGAACUACCACAACCUCCUCAACAACAUUGUUUCAAAGGCUAAUGUGAUUGGUGUUUCCGUACACUACAGGAGGGCACCGGAGCACCCGGUUCCCGUCGCCCACGAAGAUUCGUGGAGUGCCCUCAAAUGGGUCGCUUCUCACGUGGGCGAAAACGGUGUUGAAGAGUGGCUGAAGAACCAUGCAGAUUUUGAAAAAGUGUUCUUCGCCGGCGACAGCGCCGGCGCCAACAUUGCGAGCUAUUUGGGCAUUCGGGUCGGGUUAGAAGGGUUACCCGGGUUGAAGCUCGAAGGGGUUGUUUUGGUGCAUCCUUAUUUCUGGGGUACGGAGCCGCUCGAGUGUGAGGUGGAGCAGGCUGAAGGCGCUGCCAAGGUGCACCAGCUGUGGCGGUUUACGUGCCCCACCACAACGGGAUCCGACGACCCGAUUAUCAACCCGGGUCAGGAUCCGAAUCUGGGCAAGCUGGCCUCUGGGAGAGUGCUUGUUUUUGUGGCGGAGAAGGAUUUGCUGAAGGGCAGAGGUUUGUACUAUAAGGAGUUGCUUGAGAAGAGUGACUGGUCUGGAGUUGUGGAUGUGGUUGAGACUAAGGACGAGGGUCACGUCUUUCAUAUGUUGGAUCCGAACUGUGAAAAUGCUAAGGCUUUGCUUAACCAGAUUGUUUCAUUUAUCAAACAGGAUUGAACGUUGUUAUGUGUGUGCUCUCUGUCUUUUUUAUGUGUUUUAAUUAUCCUUUUUAGUUGUCAAUGUAAUUGUGUAUGCAUUCUAUCUUGUAUCGUAUGAUCGUAUCAAUCAAGUUAAAGAAAAGUUGAGUAUUUAGUUGAUUGGAA